CAAGCGAAGCCUACACAUGUUCGGUACAUGAAAAGACUGUACAAGAAGUCCGUUAGCCAGAAGGGUGCAGCUGGGACUAACCCGCUGUUCAACACAGUUCGACUCAUAACCCCAAGAGAAUGUCUCGAGCGGAGCAAAGAGAUCUUUAUGCAAGACCUCUCCUUCAACCUUGAGCAGGUGAGAGCCAAAGAACAGCCUAUGAAAUCUGUGCUGCUCUACUCUUUUGAACGCCCAAGCCUGGUUCCAUCUGUCUGCCACCUGUCAGUGCAGCAGCAGCAGGCAGAGCAGUGCCCCCUCGGUCUCGGGGCCCAGCAUGCCUCCAGCUUCCUGCUGGGGAGGGGGCGCCAACCAGCGAGCAGAAGCAGGUGGGUAGAGGUGGACGUCAGCUCCUUCCUGCUCCCCCUUGUACAGGCCCACCAGAAAGACAUUAAUCUCCUCAUCAACCUGACGUGUGCGGAGGAAAGAGGGGGCAAGAUGUCCAGAGGGGGCUCUGUGAAGAUGACCCUGAGUUCACCGUCUCUGCUGUUAUAUCUCAAUGACACCAGCGAGCGGGUCUCCCACCGCCGGACCCCCGGUCCAGGUCAGAGGUCAGCAGGCUGGAACCGGUUUGAAACCCAGACGGACUCCGAGGCAGAGCGCUGGGUGGGGCACAACACGGGCCGGCUGAGGAGGAGUGCACCCAGAAACAGAGCAGCUAAAGCCAGCCUCCCCGAACUCAAGUCCACCUACGACUUCCCCACUAACGACUGUGCUUUGUACGACUUCCGUGUGACCUUCAGCCAGCUGAAACUGAACCACUGGAUCAUCUACCCUCACUGGUACAACCCCAGGUACUGCAAGGGAACCUGCCCUAGAACCAUGGGCUUCAUGUACGGCUCCCCGGUCCACACAAUGGUGCAGAGCAUCAUCUACGAGAGACUGGACGCCUCAGUGCCAAGGCCGUCCUGUGUUCCCUCAGAAUACAAACCCAUGAAUGUAAUCACGGAGUACAAUGGCAUCAUCACCUACAAGGUGUACGAGGAAAUGAUUGCUACUCGCUGUACUUGUCGCUAAUAUCCAUGAGUGACACAGUGUG